CCUGCAGGCUUCUGUGGUGUUUCGUGAAUGCAGAGCAGCAGAAGAGAGAUGAAACUAGUUAUGGUAAGAAAGUUAGCUGACUGUGAAUGUGCUCGUUUGUUGGAACUUGUUGAAAAGGUUUAUUAGUGUUGGUGGUUUUUUUGGGAGGGAGCUCACUGAGGGAGUUGAUUGUUUACAGCAUGACCUAUUUUCUGAUGGAGGUAAUAGCUGACCAGCUUUGAGACUCAUCUCUAUUUAUAUUUGUCUGCUUAGGCUGCACAGAAUUUGCUGUGUGAUUUCUGUGAAAUUAUUGUUUAUUAUCGGCUCAUUGUUAACAGUGCCUUUUUGGAGUGACUCAGGUACUGAUCAUAGAAAAUUGUUUAUUGACACUGAAGGUGGUCAAAAGAAGUCACAGUGAGUUGUCUUUGGGGAUCUGCGUUCUUGAAAGUCAGAAUCAUUAGUGUUUUUUUCAUUUAUCAGCAGAUACAUUUUAAUACUGUUCAUCAUUACCAGUGUUGUUUUUCACAGUUUGGUACAUCACUUAAUCUGGCAGAAUUAAAGGUGCUGUUUGCAUAGGAUCUUCUCGUAUUUCCUCAACUGAUUCUCAAGUGUAAUUAUUGCAGCGGUUAAAUUGUUAAAAUAAACAGUAUAGUUAAACUGAGGUGUAUGCAGGAAGUUGCUGUUAAACAAUACAUACAUGUAUAUCUGUAAUAGUAAAGAACCAAUGAUGCACUAUUUCUUUUAUUUCACGUCAAAGUGACAUAUCAAAUACUCUAAAUCACUAACAUCACAAAAGACUAAAAACUAGGGCAUUGGACACUGCAAUACCUUUUUCACAGAAUAUAUAUCUGUCAUCAGUAAACAAUUACAAGUGUUUCCAAUCUGUAAAUAAGAAAGUAGUGUAUUUAGAAAGGCAGAACUAUGCACUUUUCUCUACAUUUAUUAUGAAUAUGUUUUGAUGUUCAAAAAGUUGAGAAUUUCAGAGAAGAAUUUCAAACAUCUAUUCUUAAUAUUCCAAUAGUUAUUCAAGGACAGAGAGACAGCUGUUACAUAAUCAUGGAAUGAAUAACACAAAUAUUCAAAAUCAAAGAAAGAUCAAGGAAACAAAAAGGCCUAAACAAUGUUGGCCUCAGCUUGCAGUGUGAUUCAGUCUGAUAUUUCAUUUCUGUGCCAGUUAUUCUGAUUACAUAACAUUAUUAGGUUGCAAUGUGGCCUUUGUGUUAUCUGUUUUCUAUCAAAUAUCUUUCUUUCAAAUUAAGAUUUAAAGUAACUAGCUGAAGUUGAUUAUUUGUCAUCCUACUGCACAGGUUUGCACAACAGUAAUGCAAGUUGUAGUCCCCUCAUGCUACACAAGAAAAAAUAUUUCUGUGGGGUGUGUAUGUGUAGUGUCGAGAAUGAGUUCAGGAGUCUCACAGCCUGAGGUAAAAGGCUGCUCUGCAGCCUGCUGUAACUUUUUCCAAACAGCAGUAGUGUGAACAGGCUGUACCUGGGAAGUUAUUGGGAAGCUAUUGUUCAACAUUGUUUUAAUCAGGGUAGAGAUGUGUGUCUCUUUUAGACUGCUAAUCUUUUCUUCACAGUUUUUUUCAUAAUGACAGUGUGAAUUUAUGCACUUGUGUGAUGGCCUUUUGCUGCAUUUUGUUUGCCUCUGGGUUCCUUAAUGUUCUGCCUCAUGUACAGAGAACUGAAUACAUGAUAAUGAUAAAAGCGAGGUGAAGGUGAUUAUGCUUGAGGGACGUAAAAUUCAGGAUGUUUAAUAAAAGAUGGUAAAAAGAUUAAUUGGAGCUCACAGUAGAGAUUUUUUUGUCCAGACCAACCAGACUUCAAUUUAAGUGACAACAGUUCUUUUGUUAAGUGCUGCACCUGUGAACCAGCUGACGUUUCCUCACACUCUUAACUUCUAUUGAAACGUCACUGUCAUUAAUGCUCCCAAUGACAUGAAAUGCUCUGAUGAAGGCUCUGUGCUCAAACAGGUCUCCAUUCCGACAUCUUAAAUAUGAUACAUCUUCUCCUGGUGUCAAGCAACACUGGCUCUUGUUGACUUACAGACAUCACUAUGUGAAAGCUUCUCCCUCCAUUGCAGUUAGAGUUACCUUGAAGGGGACAAGCCACUAAAGAAUGGAAAUACCUAAGAAUGGCUUGACCAUCUUUGCCCUUCUAGUGACAUUUAUUAUUUUGAAAACAGUCAACAUCAUUGAAAUCUCAAGUCCGGCUUUACCGGAACACAAUGAAGAACAACAACUUCUACCUCAUACCAGGGAGAAAAGGAGUGCACUUACAGGCCAGUGGAAUUACAUUAUCGAUGUUGUACUGAAUGCCUCUAAUGUAGAAACAUUUGAGGGCAUUCGGUCUUUCUUGAAUGCUACUAGUCUUCCAAUACAACUCGAUAACAACACAGACAUCUCUGACAUUAGCAUCACAACAGUGUGUUCCUCAACUGCUAAUGGCUUCCACUGUACAUGUGAGGAACAAUAUGCUUGGCCAUACAACAUCUGUGUCUCAUAUGGGGCUUGUGAUUACAUAUCCAAUGGCAUCUGCAAAUGCAUCAAUGCCAUUCCAGCUGAUGGCCAGUCCUGUCAGCCAAUAUCUGAGCUGCUAGCUAUACAUACAUACAUAGUGGAUGUGGAGCUGAAUGUAACAGAUGUCAUGACAGUGGACUACCUUAGGAGCCUCCUGAACAACGGCAGCGUUUCCCUGGCCUUGAGUCCCACUGUAAACAUCACAGAUAUUGACAUCACCACAGUGUGUUAUCCAAAUGGUACCAACUUCCAGUGCAGAUGUGAGGAUCAGUAUGUUUGGUCGUACGGGAACUGUAUGACAUAUGGACCCUGUCAUGAGAUCGUUGAUGGCACGUGUGGGUGUAUCAGUAGUUUUCCCUCCAAUGGGCAAUACUGCCACCCAAAGACAGAAACCACAACUUUUGCAACAGUGCAGAACACUACAUUGUUACCAACAACCCCCACUGUCAUGCCUGACACAUCACCUGUUAAUACAACAGAGCUGAGCACGACAGCACCAACAACCGUGGUGACCACUCCUCCAUUUGUUCAUCAGUAUAUCAUUUCUGUUGAGUUGAACAUCUCUGAUAGUGCAGCGAUAGAACAACUGAGGACCUUUCUGAGCAACAUCAGUUACCCCAUCAGCAUCAACAACCAAAUACAAAUCUCUAACAUCAGCAUCUCUACAGUUUGCUCUCAGAGCAGUGGUGGUUUCCAAUGUAGAUGUGAGGAUCAGUACCUCUGGCCAUGUGAUCUGUGUCUAACGUAUGGAUCCUGUAACAACAUCACUGGUGACUCAUGUGGAUGCAUCAAUGCCAUUCCUGAUGGACAGUACUGUCAGCCUGCUGAUCAAUACAACCUUACUGCCUGCUCUUUUACAACAGCUCCUUCACCAACAAAAACCACAACUUUUGCAACAGUGCAGAACACUACAUUGUUACCAACAACCCCCACUGUCAUGCCUGAUAUGAACACUACAACAGUGGCAACACCAACAUCAACACCAACAAAUCCAACAACAGAUGUGAACACUACAACAGUUAUAACACCAACAGUUGUUUCAAGGUCAGAUUCAACAUCCAGCGCUACAACACAUCUGAACAUCACAACACCCACAAUACCACCAACAACUAUGGUUACCGAUUCAACAUCUGUUGUCACUCCAUAUACAAACACAACAACAGCUGCAACACCAACAGCAAUUGUAACAAAUUCAACUAUGACACCCACAAUUUCACCAACUAUGGUUACAAAUUCAACACUUGUCACUAUGCACACGACAACAGCUACAACACCAACAGCAGUUGUAACAAAUUUUACCCGGGGCACUACAACACCCACAAUUUCAUCAACAACUGUGUUUACCAAUUCAACAUCUGUUGCUACAACAGCCGCAAAUCCAACAGCAAUUGUGACAAAUUCAACAUCCAGUGCUACAACACAUCUGAACACUACAACACCCACAAUAUCACCACCAGAUGUUGUUACCAGUUCAAUGCCUGUUGCCACAACACACAUAAACACUACAAUGGUUACAACACCAACAGCAGCUGUAACAAAUUCAACAUCCAGUGCUACAACACAUCUGAACACUACAACACCCACAAUAUCACCACCAGAUGUUGUUACCAGUUCAAUGCCUGUUGCCACAACACACAUAAACACUACAAUGGUUACAACACCAACAGCAGCUGUAACAAAUUCAACAACAGUUGCUGCAACAAGCAUUAACACAACAAUAACACCUGCAACAACAACUGCUGUGACCAGCCAAGAUACCACAGUUAGCUCCACAACACCCAAGUUUACCUCUUCAACAACUACAAUGGCUACUUUCACAACUACCACUCCCACCAUGACCACUACUAUCAGUCCCCCCACCUUGAACAGUACUACCACUCCCCCCACCAUGACCACUACUCCCACUACCCCCACCUCGACCACUACUCCCACUUCCACUGCCACGACCACAACUACUACUCCCCCUAUCUUGACCAAUACCACCACUCCCCCUACUUUGACCAGUACUACCACUUCCCCCAUCUUGACCAAUGCUACCACUCCCCCCACCUCCACCACUACUACUACUCCCCCCACCACGACCACUACUACCACUCCCACUUCUCUCACCUCCACCACUACUACCACUCCUCCCAUCUCGACCACUACUACCACUCCUCCCACCUCGACCACUACUACCACUCCCUCCACCACAACAACUACUACCACUACCUCCACCACAACCACUACUACCACUCCCUCCACCACGACCACUACUACAACUUCCCCCACCACAACCACUACGACCACAACAACCAGAACAUCUACUACUACUACUACUACUACGACACCUGCACUGCCGCCUUCAGGAUUUGAGGUGGAAAUGUCAAUCAGAUUAGACAAGGAAUACACACCCGAAUUAAAUGAUGCAACGAGUUUUGCAUACAAAGACCUCGAAUCAAGGAUUAAUUCAGUGUUACGGGAUGAAUAUCAAGGAAUCACAGGGUUUAUCAAUGUUUUUGUGAAGGCAUUCAGAGAGGGAAGUAUAAUUACAGACUUUGUUGUUCAGACAACAGAAGUUAAUCCAGAUGAAAUGGCUGACGCAAAUAAAAACCUCCCAGAAGCAAUGACCCCUGUUGCCCCAGUCAUUGGCUCAAUUACCGCAUUGUACAACAGUCCAACUUCAAUCAGCUUCCCACGCUCUAUUUAUACUGGUCAAACCCUGACACUGACAUGUGGCCCUCCUGAAAAUCUGAACGUGGGACAAAUUUCUAGUUCUGAGUGGAAAUUUAAAGGAAGGGAAAUUAAAGACAGCUCGAGGAUUAAAAUGACUACUUCUGACACAAAGUCCAUGCUUACAGUUAAAAAUGUCAUCCUUGCUGAUAGUGGACUUUAUGAAUGUACACUGAAUGGGAGGGUAAUGACUUUCCUUCAAAAAGGACUUGUAGGAGGAAAUGUAAUCAAACAAGCUCCAAUUUUACGGCUACAGAGUAAAGUUAAUGUUAAAUGUACAGAGGGAAAGACUGAAAAACUUGAGUGUUGCGUGCAGUCUCCCUAUCGUGUCAAGUGGUUUCAAGACUCAGCUGCUUUAUCUUCAACUGUCACUGACAAUGCAGAAAGCUACUGCAUCAGACAUGAUUACCAGAUAGAAAGCUGCAGUGGAUUCCAGCAAAAAGAUAUACGUUUUAUAUGUAAGGUGGAUCAACCAGAUGGUUAUGAAAUGACAACAGUAAUGACCAUUUUCAGAGAUGAAACUAAGUGUUCUGAUGAUCAGUAUGGGACUGGACGAGUAAACGAUAUAUCAAGAAUAGGAUGCAGUGAAGGUCAAGAAGGUCAUAAGACUGCAGUCUGUCAGGAAACAGGAAAAUGGAAGCUUAUAGAGGAUGCCUGCAUUGUAACAGAGAUCAAGGAAUUAUUAAUUGAGUCACAGGAUUUAACUGUGGAUGAAGUGCCACAACUUGUGGUAAAUCUAAGUAAAACUGCCCAGGAAGACAAAAACGAAAUUGUAAAUUCAUCUGCAACUAUAUCAGCCAUAGUUGAGAUCAUAAGCAUUGUUGCAAAUGUUUCAUCUACUGUCAGUGAAACUGUCAUGCAGAAUGUACUUCAAACAGUUGAUGUCAUCGUUGGUGAUGAUUCACGAGAGUCCUGGGCAGUUCUGAAUGCAAAUGGAACCGUCAAUGCGAGCUCAGAAUUUCUGGGUUCAAUGGAAACACUUUCUAAUGGUUUGGUUGGGGAGUUUCAAAUUACAACUCAGCGGAUUUUCCUCAACAGAACCACGUUUAACAACUCCUUCAGAGCAGAACUGAAUUCCAGCAUUGUCAUAGACAUUCCAGAAACAAAUAUUGGCAAAGUCAAUAUCACCACCAUCACCUUUUCCACAUUGAAUAAUGUUAUGCCAGCACGAAACUCUAGCUUUGAUAGCAGCCUUUUCAAUGCCACCAACAAUGAAACUGUCACUGAUAAUGCAAUCAAUGCUGCAGUGGUGCUGGUCAAAGUGAGUGCAGCAAUUCAGAAUGUGACUCUGACCUACAAAAAGCGAAACAACUCCCUGUCACUAAACCCACAAUGCGUCUUCUGGAAUUUCACAUACUUUGAUAACCUGGGUGCUUGGGAUGAUGAGGGGUGUGCAUUUGUUUCAGACAUAAAUAAUACGGUAACUUGCAGCUGCAACCAUCUCACCUCCUUCUCACUUUUGAUGGCAACAGACAUCCCCCCAGACCUGAAAUAUGCACUGGAUGUAAUCACUUAUGUUGGAGUUGGGAUAUCGCUGGCAAGCUUAAUUAUAUGUCUCAUUAUUGAAGGGUAUGUUUGGAAAGCCAUUACCAGAAAUAGCACUGCUUUCAUGCGUCAUGUUUCAAUCAUUAACACUGCCCUGUCUUUGUUGAUUGCUGACAUCUGUUUCAUUAUUGGCUCCGCAAUUGCUAAGAACCCCCUUGAGGACUCAGGGGUGGACUACAAAGUUCCAGUUGGACCAUGCAGCACAGCAACUUUUUUUAUGCACUUUUUCUACCUUGCUCUAUUCUUCUGGAUGCUUGUCUCAGGCCUUCUUCUUUUUUACCGGACGGUCAUGGUCUUCUCCCACAUGUCUAAGUCAACCAUGUUGGCAAUUGGCUUCAGUUUAGGCUAUGGGUGCCCUCUGAUUAUAGCUGUUACUACUGUUGCAGUAACGGCCCCCCAAAAGGGAUACAUCAGGGAAGACAAUGCUUGUUGGCUCAACUGGACCGAAACAAAAGCCCUGCUGGCUUUGGUGAUCCCUGCCUUGAUCAUUGUUUUUAUCAACAUUUUAAUUGUAAUUGUGGUCUUGUUCAAAAUGUUGAGAAGGGGUGUGGGAGACACUGCCCAAACAGAUGAAAAGCAUACGCUUGUCGUAAUUGCAAGGUGUGUGGUCAUUUUGACUCCUUUAUUUGGACUGACCUGGGCUUUGGGAGUGGGAACCAUGGUAUCGUCAACAAAUAGAGGAAUCCACAUUGCCUUUGCAUUCUUCAAUUCACUACAGGGUUUUUUCAUAUUAGUGUUUGGGACACUAUUCGACUCAAAGAUUCGUUCUCUCCUUUCAAAGAACAUACCUUCGCCAAGCACAAGCUCCAAUCAAACAAGAAGUACAAGUGCUGGUAUUUCCUCUCUCAGUGGACUAAACUGGAUAAGUCGACUGCGUGGAAGAAGAUAUAUCUACCGUGUGUCAGAAGCCACAAACUCAAACAGCACUGGAGCAUCAGAAUCAUUUGUUAAUAUAUGAGUCAACACAACAACCUGUACACAUAAAAUGUAUCUUGUCAUUGAUUAAAAAGAUUGGACAUUGUUGCAAGAUUUUUCAGUGCACAAUAAGUGUUUUUGUUUGUUUGUUUGUUUGUUUUAAUGACAAGUUAAAUUUCACUGAGAUGAUAUUGUGAACUGAUACAAGAAACAUGGUCAUGUAUUAAAGAAACGGCAUUAUCA